AUGGUCCCCGAGGUGGAUCCUCUCUUUUCGCCUUCCUUGAUCUCGUCCAAGGUGAUCUCUGAUCUCCCCGAAGGCUAUUCGAUCCGACCUCUCGAACGCUCCGAUUUCGACUACGGGUUCCUCGAUGUUUUGCGUGUCCUCACACAUGUCGGCGAAGUCACGAAGCCCGAGUUUGAAGAGCGAUUCGAUCAGAUGAAAGCUGGCGCCGGCGGAUACCACGUGCUGGUCAUUCUCGAUGGGGACCGCAAGAUCGUAGGCACAGGAGCGCUCAUAGUGGAGCGCAAAUUCAUCCACCACCUUGGCCUUGUUGGCCACAUCGAAGAUAUCGCCGUCGCCAAGGACCAACAGGGUAAGAAGCUGGGUCUUAGAAUCAUCCAGGCAUUGGACUAUGUUGCGGAGAAUGUGGGUUGCUACAAGACGAUCCUGGACUGCUCAGAGGCGAAUGAGGGCUUCUAUGUCAAGUGUGGCUUCAAGAGAGCGGGACUUGAAAUGGCGCAUUACUACGCCCGUCCAUGA